UGCACGCAGCUUCCGUUCAGUCCAACCUGAGCAGGAAGCGAACAGAGACAGGUGAAAGUGAGAGAACUACCAAAACAAAGUAACGCCAAUAUCAUUAUCGUUUUAUUGCCAUAAUUUCUGCACGUACUCUUGCCACUAUGGAUGGUUUGCAGACCCCUUUGCGGUGCUUCCGUGAGCACCACUCAGCAGAAAUGUUCGUGGAUGACGGGGUGGAAACGGUUACUUCUGUGGAGCAGAAAAAAGUGGAGUCCUCCAUUAAAGAAGUCAUCGAUGUUUACAAGCAAAUUCACAGCUUACCUCAGCCAACGCUGCUGCGGGAACAACACUAUCAUUUUCUCAAGAAGGGCUUACGCCACUUAUCAGAUGCUUACGAGUGUCUGGAUGCUAGCAGACCGUGGCUUUGCUUCUGGAUUCUUCACAGUUUGGAGUUACUAGAGGAGCAAAUUCCUGCAGCUGUUGCUUCAGAUGUGUGUCAGUUUUUAGCUCGAUGUCAAAGCCCAACAGGGGGGUUUGCCGGAGGGCCGGGGCAGCACGCCCACCUUGCACCCACCUAUGCUGCUGUCAAUGCCCUCUGCAUCAUCGGCACAGAGGAGGCCUACAGUGUUAUAGACAGGGAGAAGCUGUUAGAUUUCCUAUGGUCAGUGAAGCAGCCAGAUGGCUCCUUUGUGAUGCACGUUGGAGGGGAGGUGGAUGUCAGGAGUGCUUAUUGUGCAGCUUCUGUAGCAUCACUCACAAACAUCAUCACAACCAAACUGUUCGAGGACACGACCAACUGGAUCCUCAGGUGUCAGAACUGGGAGGGCGGUCUGAGUGGGGUUCCAGGUUUGGAGGCACACGGCGGUUACACUUUCUGUGGCACGGCCGCCCUCGUCAUCCUCGGCAAUGAGCAUAUGCUGGAUCUCAAAGCCUUGCUACGCUGGGUGGUCAGCAGACAGAUGCGAUUUGAAGGAGGUUUCCAAGGCCGCUGUAACAAACUGGUGGACGGGUGCUACUCCUUCUGGCAAGCUGGACUCUUGCCUCUACUCCACAGAGCCUUAUUCAAAGAAGGAGAGUUGGAGCUGAGUCGGCAGCGGUGGAUGUUUGAGCAGCAGGCUUUGCAGGAGUACAUCCUCCUGUGCUGUCAGAAUCCAGUAGGGGGUCUUCUGGAUAAGCCUGGCAAGUCCAGAGACUUUUACCACACAUGUUACUGCCUGAGCGGCCUCUCCAUAGCACAGCAUUUCGGAAACAUGGACCUCCAUCAUGAGCUGGUCCUCGGCAAGGAGGAGAACAGAUUGGCUCCAACUCAUCCAGUUUACAACAUCUGUCCAGAGAAGGUGGCUCAAGCCCUGCAGCACUUCCUGCGGCUGCCUGUCCCCGACGACAACAGGCAGUCAGGAGCUUCUGCAGACACCAAACCAACACAACCUGCCGCCGCUGCUGCAGCUUCACCUGGACCCCAGUCCUAGUUUGUCCUCUGAGGCAUCACUGGGUGCAGGAACCAGCCAAUUCUGAGGAUGAGAUUCAGAGGCUAUCGUCCGGUCUAAUGCGGACUAUCAAGAGACCCGGCUAGAUGACGGAGCCUCAGUGGAGAUGAGGGCCGGGGUUUAAGAGUUUGCCUGAAUCAGCGGAUACAGAUUUGCCUGGAUGGUUUGUUUCAGCUGGAUUUUUGCUUGUAUUGCCUAAAGUUUUCCCUCUCUGACGUAAAAGUGUAACUUUCUAAGUUUUCUGACCUUAGUCAAUAAAACUUUAUACAGCA